AGCUUCUUCGUCUUCUGCGCGGAGUUAGCGGUUACAGAGUAGCGGCCCAGAGAGGGCGUUCACACAUCAUUUAUGUUUCGAACGCCGCAACACGUGAGCUACAGUGGCGUGUUUCUCCGAACCCGUGCCUCGGCCAGCGACGCAAACGAGUUCCCAGCCGGCAGAAGCGACGAUCGCCGCGCCAACGGAGCACGAUGCUACGCCGAGGCUGAAAUAUCCGACAGGAGCUGCCGCGACCGUCCCGGCCCGGGAUCGGGGCGCUCAGCCUACGGGGCGCCCAACGGUGACCGCAGUUGCGACCGCUCGCGUUCGGUCGUCCGCUUAGGGCGCCGCACCACGCGCGCGCUGCGUCGCGUUCAUGCUGCCGGACGAUGCGCAACGGUGAGACGACGAGGAUCCAGCAGCUACACGAUGCUCUACAUCGAGCUCGCCUCUGCCGGCAGCGUUAGGUGGUGGCUCCCGACGAGCGGGCCGGAGGCCCGUCACCCAUUGGACGUCGCGCGCGGACUUAUCUCGGCAAACCCGAUAGCGCUGUCCAUAAAACGGAGGCUGCACCCGGUCGCGGGUCAGCGCUAUGCCGGCAACACCGCGGCCGCCGCUCCCGGCCAACCCGUCGUCAGCUGCGGUCCGCCGCCCAUCGCCAGCUCCGAAGAAGCCGCUCGACAACGGGACGGCGUUGCGGCGCUGCUCGCCUCCCCGACGCCCGGCGGAAGUGACGUGCUACAUCGACUCCGUCCUCCACGCGUAGCGGAUCCGGAAUACGCGCCGGCGACGACGUCACAGAGCCGUGGUGACGCCACCAGCGCCCGCCGCCGCCGCCGAGCUUCUGCUGCUGCUGCCCGCGGCGGCGUCUCAAAGAUGGCUCUCCUGUUUUACACGCUCUACGGGUUUGCCAUCAUCUUCUUCGCCGGCUGGUGGUUCGUCUGGCUGCUUCAUCUACUGGCCAUCUUCAACGGAAAAAUGAAGCUUCACAAAAAGAAAGCCCUUCCGCCCCUGGAGGUGCCACUGCCCGGCGUGUCCAUCAUCAAACCAUUGACGGGGGUGGACCCAAACCUCUUCAGCAACCUCGAAUCAUUCUUCACUAUGAAUUAUCCACAGUUUGAGCUUUUGUUCUGCAUCCAAGAUGAAGGGGACCCUUCCAUAAUGCUGGUGCGAAGACUCAUGGAGAAACACCCACUGGUCGACGCCAGGGUCUUUGUAGGGGGCUGCCCUGUCGGGGUAAAUCCCAAGAUCAACAAUAUGCAACCAGGCUACGAAGCUGCCAAGUAUGAGCUCAUCUUGAUCUCCGACAGUGGAAUUCGAAUGAAGGAGGACACGCUCCUGGACAUGGUGCUGACCAUGGCGGACGACGUAGCCCUGGUCCACCAGAUGCCUUUUGCCUGUGAUAGAAAGGGGUUCCCGGCCAUUUUAGAGAAGGUCUACUUUGGCACGGCGCACGCGCGCAUCUACCUGGCCGCCGACUUUCUGCGCAUCAACUGUGCAACGGGAAUGUCGGCCUUGAUGCGGAAGAAGCUGCUCGACGAGGUGGGCGGCAUCAGAGCAUUUGGCCACUACUUGGCAGAGGACUUCUUCUUUGCCAAGUCAUUUGAAGACAGGGGCUGGAAGAUCAGGAUCAGCUCCCAGCCAGCGUGGCAGAAUUCUGGCCUCUGUGAGGUCGGGCUUUUCCAAACCCGGGUGGCAAGGUGGGCCAAGCUUCGGUUUGCCAUGCUGCCGCACACCAUGCUGCUGGAGCCCCUGUCGGAGUGCAUGCUGCUGGGGGCCAUGGUGGCAUGGGCGACCAGCUUCCUGUUCCAGUGGGACGCCUUCGCCGUGUACCUGCUGCAUCUGCUGCUCUGGUUCCUGCUCGACUGGAUGCUGCUCAGCGUCGUGCAGAAUGGCCUUCUUCCUUUCAACAAGUGGGAGUUUGUGGUCGCGUGGACAUUCCGAGAGUGCGGCGCCCUCUACCUUUUCCUGCACGCCUUGUGGAACCCGACGAUUCGAUGGCGUGCGGGACUGUAUCGGUUACGAUGGGGCGGUGCCGUGGAGGUGGUCAAGCCAGACUCUUAGUGACCGCCCUGCUCCCCGACCUCUAGGAAACAAAAAAUGUGCCGCGACAUAGCACGCAGCUGACUGCCGCUAUUGAUACAAGAUUGCGAACAAAGCAAGGAAAAGAAAAAAGAGUGCCGGCCACGGAAGCUGCGGAAAGUGCCCUUUCUUUACCCGCUGCCGGUCAGCCCCGACCCGCGAGCCUUCUUCCAGCAACGGCAGAUUUUUCAUUCCUCCGUGGUUCCUCUUCCGCCGGGUGCGCGUCUCGGCUCCCGGGUGGCUCGAUUGUUUCUCAGCGAGUCGAUGCAACGCAGCGCCUAUCGUGUGCUGACUCAAUGUCGUGCUGCAACGGAAAGACAGCAGCAAGCAGCAGCCCCUAGUCGGCGGUGCCAGACGUUUUAUUGUUUUUCUUUCUUUGUUUUACUUCAAGUGCCGGGAGCUCGUGCUGGUUGCGCGUUUCAACGGCAAGACUGGAUUACAAGUGCGUCGCGAGCAAGUGUGCGUGUGUGUGUGUGUGCCAGACCUACGUGUGUUUUGUACAUAGAAUGAAAGGAACUUGUAGCUCUUUACUCUUUCCCUGAACCCUCUCUCUUGUCUAAGAUUUUUUUUUCUCUCUCUCUUUUUUCCCUCUUGUUGUUACAUUUGGUUGGCAUCGUUUCCUUCACACUUUUGUUUGGACUCAUCAUGUAUCUCUGGGACCGAAGAAUGUGACGUACUUUCACCGUGAGACACACAAACCGUUGGUGCCAGAACAUUGUUGCCACUCCAAGAUUUGUCCACGAACAUCGCAUUCCUUUUCCCUCCUCCUUUUUUUUUUAUAUGCCAUGUCUUGUUACUUCCUCAGUGACUUUUUAACUGAACCUGAGGUCGAGCCUCGCGUAUGCGUUGUUUCUGUUUCCAUUGUUUGUUAUUCCUUGUGGGUUUGUUGGUUGCUUGUUGUUUUGAGUAAAGAAAAAGACCUGACCAUGCCUUUUUCUUUCUUGAAGCACAGUGUACAGCCUUAGAAAAAAAAAAUCAACCGCCUACAAACUCGCAAAGGCUAAUAGACUACGAUGGCUUUUAUUGUAUGAAAGAUAAUGGAAAUGGAGUCUUAGAUGCAAAGAACAAUGGAGUUUUGCAAUGGUCCUGGUAGUGCCAGGAAAAAGAAAUGUGCUUUUGAGUGAUGUUCUCGUGACGUCAUGCGUUGCUGUAUAUACAUAGUAUAAACAAAGUGACCAAGGAGCUUGUUGGUGUGUGCCAUUAAGUGGCACUUUUCGUUUUGCGAUGGAACAAUGUCUCAAGAGAAAGUUGGAUAGUGUGCUGGAAGUAUUUAGUUUUCUUUUUUUUUUUUUACAUUGGCACUGCGUAUUGUCUUCGCAGACAUUAUUUAUUCUAAGUGGCGAACGUUCAAGCCCAACACAAAUGCUGCAGUGGGUUUCCAACGGAACAAAGAAUUGUACCACAGAGGUUGUCUUUCGCCCCCUACUGUUUUGGCAGGAUGUAGUGUCUGAAAUUUCUGCAUCGAUUUCUCAUGAUUAGGCUCGAUUUGGCUGUUUCGAUGUGAUGCUCGGACUGACAUGCUGGCUUCAUUUGAAGGACAAAUGGAAGAAAAUAGAUUGUCUGGUCAGGCAGGUAGUGUCUACAGGUACACGUCAAAGUGAACACUGCUCUAGUCAGAAAUUACGUGCGACAGUUUUGAAUCGAUAAGUGGAUACUUCAAAACUGGCAUUGCUGCAUCGAAUGGGACAAGUGGGUCUGAUAAAACAAUAAUUGUGAGGAAUUUAGGCAGAUAAUAAGCAGUAUUGCAAUGUCCUCUCUUCUUGCUGCUAUCUCUUGUAAUGGCAACUGUGACGACACAUUCCUUGGGACCGGAGUUGUUGCGCAGUUUUGUUUUUGUCUCUCUAUUGUACCUCCACGUGGGUCUUCCACUACACGCUUCAAUUUCUGUUCAGUAACAGCACUGCAUUGUCUUGCAAUGCAGCAGCCCUGUUUCAGGUAAUCUUCUGGCAAACUGCAACAUGCACUUUAAUUCGGAUGCAGGCGUUAAACGCUGACAAUUUCUUUUAACAUUAGGUUGGGUUAGUGCACUCGUCAUGCACAUGAUGGAUGUGCCUGCUGCGCUCGCUACGCUUUGCAGCAGUCGUAAAUGUGUACAGAUUGCAGCAUGUUCCUGUUAUCUAUCACUAAGGCUUCCUUUUUCACAACAAGACAUGAAAGACAGUUUCACAAUACUUGGCCAACAAGGCACCAAUGGCCAGCCUGCUAUUAUUUUUGCCGGUGAGACCCUGAUCCAAGCUCUUGCCACAACCGCGCACACUUCCACAGAUAAGCAGACCCACAGACCAAAGCAGACUGCGUAACUUGUCUGGACCCUCUUUUUCAUUGUCUGUAUUUUGUCUCCCGAAAGCAUGAAGUGUUUCUUCCGGAAACUUUACAUCGAGUCUGUUUGUAAUAAGCGACCUUUCUACUGAGCUUUGUAUACAUGGGCUUUUACAGCAAAAAAAGUAAUAAUAAAUGUCGUUUUGCUGCUGCUUCAGCAGGCUCUAACUGCUACCUGUAAAAGCGCAGCAAGAAAGGAACUGUUAGUUUCAAAUGACACAAUAACUUUACCCACUGACUGUAAUAGAAGACUUGCGUGAAGCCUCUUGCAGGUGCCGUUUCAGAAAGCAUAGCACAUUUCAGCAAAUGCACAGCCUACAUAGAUUGAAUGGCAUGUAGUGGCAGUCCCAGAUUUUUUUAUGUCAAAUGAAUUUGCAAGCAAACCUGCAGUCAUCUCGCAGUAAUUCAGACUCUGGCCAUUCAAAACUCCGAGUAAUUUAGAAUAAUCAAAAACGUUUGGUUGACCUGCUUGUCUUUAGUAGGAUUUGGAUUUAGUGGGAUUUGGAAACGAGAUUAUUAAAUUUUGUGGCUUCCUAGGGCAUGGCAACAUCAUCAAAAUGGCUGGUGAGAGAGAAAUCUAUGAGCAAUAACUUGAGUUGGGAUUUGCAAGAGCAGAAAUACAUCCCCGAGAAGACAUUUAUAAAUAGUCAAAACGAGUGCACAUUGGACAUGCAAGCUUCCUUGCGUGGUGAAGCAUGCCACUUGAGCUAAAUGCCCACAACCCUGUUGCAUGUUUGUAGUUCCGACAUCUCGGGUGUGUGAGCUGCAGUGGCCGUCAAGUAAAACCCCGACCUGUCACUCGCUGCUAUAAGUUGCCUUGUUUGUGCGAUAACUUUUCAAAAAGUUCCUAUAUUAGCCCCUAGACCUUUUAUGACUUGUUCAUGUUUGGUCAAUUCAAGUGAUAAUUUGCAGGAGUUUGAGUUUUUGCAAGUCGGCUGCAAGUACAAGCAAAAUUGUGCUUCUGCACAAGUUCAUGCAUUCGCCCUUGGGUUUGAAAAAAAGUUAGAUUUGUAAGGGCGCUACGUAUUGUCACAGAAAGCUAAAAUUUAGGCUGUUCUGCAAAAGAAUGGCUCUUCGGCCUUUGGCAUCUUGUUACUCGAGGGCAAAACGAAGGAAGUGAAAACUAGCCUACCUUCUUUGCUACAGGGCAGAUGGCAAGACUUUAGAUUUUUGUUCGAUACAUGAGCGCUGCCUUUCCGAAGCCCAUGAGCCUGCUUGUCAACAUAUCGCGUGAGUCCUCACGCAUACGCGCUCAAACUUUGUGCAAGAGCCAUGUUGUAAUCAAAACUACUUCCUAGUGGUGGGACGGGAGAAGCCACAAUCCCGAGCACCGUGCAUAAUUUAUGGCACAGACAUGGCUUAUGGUAACGUUGAACAAAAAAAACUGCGGCGCGUGUUGUUUGCCACAGGCAAACUUAAGUCUGUCUCAUUGCCAUGCAAGGACUACAUUGAAUCCUGCUUUCCACACUCUGUAAAACAGUCAGUUCAAGAGUGUCUGUUGUGUAUUCUUUUAAUCCUGCAUUUCAACUGAGGUAUAUCAGUUUGUUUCUCAUUUAAUUUAAGAGUAUCUCUGUGCUCUCGUAAAGCAAACAACUGCGGGAAACUUGCCUAUAGCAUUUUCUUGUCGUCAUAGACCAGUAGGCUUACGUACACCAAACAGGCUGUUCCCAGUCAGCUCAAUCCCAGGUUCCACAACCUCUAGGAGCACCCUCUGUCACUGCCUAGUUACCAGUACUGUCUGCCCAGACACUCUUGUUUAGCUGUCGUUUCCAUAACGAGUGUAACUGCCACAUUGCUAGCCAACUGGAUACUGGCCUGUUUGGUGCAUGUGUUGUUGUCACCUUUUCAGUAUGACCUCUUCACUGUACAUUUAAGGCUUCAGGAAGUUAUGUAAUCCUGAUCAAUUGCAGUUUACCACAAGAGUUCAGUUUCUUUUAUACCCUCUCACGCAAAAGAAGAUAUUCAAUGGGACUCCAGCAUCUGCUUUCGCUGAAAUGUGAAGCCUUUCAUAGAUAGACUGCUUAAACACUGAAUGAUCUGGAAGAAACUUCAGAUGCUAUUGGCUAACUUUCGUCGCAAAUUUUAUAUUUCUUUGGUAAAAAAAAUGUUCCAUCCUUCCAGGUUAAUGGGUGUAUGCAAUAACUGUUUAAUGGAACGGUGCGACCUUGGACAAUGCAAAUUGCUCCCAUGAACACAUCUGCUGCCCCUGCUGUCAACUGCUGUUCUUUCUGGGCUGUCUAUAAAUCCAUGGUUUAUAUUGGACCCCUAAGAAAAUGUCAGCUUCACGUUUCUGUAGGCCUGAGAGAAGCUUCCAAUAAGCUAGCCGAUGACCAUGUCGAACGUGCACUAAUACACCGGAGCACUACCCACUAUCUACAGUGGGUAGUGCGCUGGGUAGGGUUCAGUACUACCCAUUGUCUACACUCUACAGUAUGUAGUACUGAGCCCUAUUUGACAUAUAGUGUGAUAUGCCGUAAGCUUGCACUUUCCUGGUUCCAUUUGACAAAUAGGAAAUGCUGCAUCUCAGUAUGAACAACUGCUUUGUUACUCACAGAUGGUUAAUGUCGGUGCGCCUUCUAUUAACAGGAGAUUUUGUGCAGUGUCAGUACUCUGGACUUCCACAUUCGGCUUGGAAAUCGUAUCAGCAUCUGCAGCUGUGCCCGAUAUUCUACAGGCGACAGCUGACUGGCAUUGCAGCUUUUGUGCACAGUCUCCUUCGGCGCUUUCCGCCUUUCUUUACAACGAAGCAUUAUGUCACUUUGCAUUGCCCAAGGUUUUGCACACUGCAGCCCUGUUGGUCCUUUAGUAAUGAGCAGUUUUGUUGGAGCCAUUGGUUUGUGCUUUUGAUGUGAUAGCAGUAGAGAGAAUGGUGUCCUUGAAAUGAAUUGUGCUUUGCUUUCCUUUCUUUUUUUUCUCUCUCUCUCACGUAGCUCUGGUAGUGCAAAGCUGGAGCAGAAGACUGCCAGCAGCCACUAAUAAAUUAAUUGUGCCCGUUUCAUAAUAAACUGCAGUUUGGCAUCCAAUCUCUGCUCUAGCUCUGCUCUGAGCAGAGCUGCAACACUUUCGUCACAUUCUUUGAGGAUUCAUUUGCUCGUAAGCAGUGUGUUCGUGUUUCAGGAUCUCUCCUGCUAAGACGAUACUGUAUUGCUUUUUACCUUGCGUCGCGUAAGGCCUGUGCUUUUUCAUAUGGCAACUGUGCCCAAUGUUGCCGCCUCGACAAGUGGCGUUACUGUGAAAGACAAUGAAAGUGGGGCAGGGAGGGGGUAUCAAGUUUUCUAAUUGACCAGUACUACCAUUGCAUUGUUCUUGAUUUCAAGCAUUUUUUACAAGACUCAGCCCAAAGUGCUUUUUGUUAUUGCAGCAAGCAAACAAAGGUGACAAAUAAACAAAGUAUAAAAAAUAA